ACAAGUGUUUCUCUUCCGGGUCAGGGCUCCGGUUGCACGCUCCGUCCUCAUCUGUCUUUCUCCGGUGUUACCGGACAGUUUGAGCGGCAGCAGAAGUGCCGUGUACCCCGGGGGAGACGUGCGGGCUCCCGGCGGGCCGCCCCGGUGAAGAUGGCUCCGCCCGCUGAAAGCCCCUCAGCUGUGAACCAGAAGGUUCUGGAGUACGAACACUUCAUCAACGAGGUUCUGCGGAGAGACCUGCAAAAGGUGAUGGAGCAGCGUGAUGAGGUUUAUGAGAAAAUCUCUCAAUAUCUACAGCUGAAGAACACAAUCCAGAGUCUGCAGGGGUCAGAAUCCAAGCAGUUGAAGGUUGACGUGGAUCUUGGCUGUAAUUUCUUCGUUCAGGCUGAAGUUGAAGACUCCUCCAGGAUUUUGGUGUCGGUGGGUUUCGGUUUCUUCGUGGAGAUGACGCAUGAUGAAGCUCUUCGAUUCAUCGAGAAGAAAACGAAUCAGCUCACAGCCUUCACGGAGCAACUCACCAAAGACUCGGCCAAAAUAAAAGCAAACAUUCGCUUGAUCCUGGAGUGUCUGCGGGAGCUGCAGGGACUCAAGGAUCUGCCCGACAACAAAGCCAGAGAUGUUUUUUAGUCAUUUCCCAACUCGGGGCUUGAGGACCGAUUGGCACCUUGACGGAUUUUAACAGGAGAAAAAAAAGGUUUUCUUUUUCAAAAAAGUUGAUUAAAAAAAAUCUGAUUUUUUUUUUUUUUUUUUUUUUUUUUUGUAUUUCAUCUGAUUAUCUUUUUUUGUUUAUUAAGAAAAAUU